AUGGAACGUAAUGACCCAACUAGGUAUACCAGCAAAGGUCGCGGAGGAUGCCUAGACUCGGGCGGUCCUGCCGGUGCUAGGGCCACCCCUACCAUGUCCUCGUCACGCCAUCCGGACAGGAGAUCCGUCGCGCAAGCGCCGGGGCAGUCUAUCCCGCCCAAGGCGUCCAGGGAGCAGGCAGAGAAGGCUUACGACAAGGUGAUGGAGAGCAGUUUAAGGUGCAUGGAUAGGCUGGAGAACGAGAUCGCCCUAGCAAAUAACACCAAGGUGUCGAUUAAGGAGGCGGCCAGGGACUUGAGCGCCGCUAAACGCCCCCAAGACGAUUAGCGGCGUACCAAGCUCUUCUGGGCAAGGGACAAAGCAUGUACCCUUGCCCAAACAGGACGACACAUUCGGGUGCGUGGUGUCGGGCCCAGGCCGAAAGAGGCACAAUGUGCUGGACUCGUCCGAGUCGGAGUCGGAGGACUCCGGCGCUAAAUGCGCUAAACUAGAGUCGUUGGCUGGGUGUGAGCCGACGACUGACCGCGGCCGUGUGGCGAAAGCGAUGAUGUUGAAGCAGGACAUCCUUAAUAUGUUGGAGUCCUGCAAAAAGCAACUCCCCAAACUGAGGCGUACGGAGAUAGUGGAAACACUAAACCUCCUUGUCGAGACCCUAGUGGCCACGCCUCAUCUUACGGUAGUGACGAAUGUACCCCAAGAGACAUGCGAUAAAGCGACCAGUCCCAUCUGGGUACCUAACAAGACUAAGUCUGUACGGAAACCCCAGGGGGAUGCCUCCUCUUCCGGAAAGGACAGUGCAACCCGGAAGGGAGCGAAGUCGGCAGUUGGUCCCUCGGCAAACAAGCCUCGGGACGUGCAAAAAAGCGCGCCAACCACUUACGCGAAGGUGGCAGCAGCAAAAAUUUGCUCGGUGGCGACCCCCAAGACAAGGCCGGUGCGUGUGUCGGAAAAGACGGCCGAACAUAAGGCACCUACCCGGUCACAGCAGCCGACUCCCAAACCCGGGAUGUCAAAGUCGGCGAAACGUAAGGAAAAGCGGCGGAACGGUCUCACUCUAUUUGUGAAGCCGGCAACGACGGCUGGCGAGCCGGCGCGGAAUAACGAAGCGCAGUUCUGGAGCGUCGUCAACCCGCGGGCCAACGGCCUCCGCGUGGCGCACUCCCGUACUGCAGCUUCGGGGACGAUGAUCGUCGAGGCGGCUGACAAGGCCACCUACGACAGAAUUCGGGCCUCGGAGUCUUUAAAGACCGCGGGUUUCACGGUCUCGGGUCCCCCGGUCCGUAAACCCCGCGUUCGCGUCCGCGACGUCCCGCUAUGCCUGAGCGAGGCGUCAUUGGUAGAUUGCGCCGUUCAACAGAACCCGGCCAUAUGGGGUGACCGGGUUAAGGAAGGCUUGAAGCCCAUUUUCAAGGUUGGACCGCGCCGCACCGACUACGUCGAUUGGGUGUGUGAAGCCGAUCCAGUAGUUUUUGCCGCGCUUAUGAAGGCGAAAACCCUCUAUUUAGAGUGGUCACGGUCGCGAGUCAGCGAAUAUGACCGUGUAACCCGCUGCCACAACUGCCUCAACUUCGGCCACACUGCGAAAGCAUGUCGUGGCAAACUAACGUGCGCCCACUGUGGCAAAACCGGGCAUGAAGUCAAAACAUGCCCGUGCGUGGCGGAAAAACCACGGUGUGUCAACUGUGUCCGCUCACGCGUACCAGCUGGCCAUCGGGCGACGAGUGCCACCUGUCCCGCUGCUGGGAAAGCGGCAGAGAGCGCCAAGCUUAGAAUAAGCUAUGGAUAAUACGUCUUCCCGUAUCGCUCAGGCGUCGCGGCUUCGUCUGGCCCAGCUCAAUACGGGCCGGUGUCAGGUGAAGUCCGCGGCACUGGGCAUGUGGGCGAUGCAGGAACGGCUUGACGUGAUAGCGCUCCAAGAGCCCUAUACUUCCCGCGGCGAGGUCCGCGAUCUUGGCUCGGGCGUCACAGUGAUCUCGAACGGCUGCGCGUCGGACCCGCCAUCGGCGGCCGUCGUCGUAUUCCGCCCGGGGUUGCCUGUGCUUAACCUGACUCAGUUCGGCGACUCUCAUACGGUGGUGGUGGAAAUCUCAUACGGGCGGGAUAGCCUUUACAUCGUCUCGAUGUACUGUCGAUUCUCGCUCGCUCUUGAACCAUUCCUCCAGCGAAUACGAUUAAUCUUGAGCGCAUUACGGGGUAAACGGGUCAUCCUAUGCAUAGACUCAAACGCUAAGUCGGCCUUGUGGGGAGCCGCAGCCACAGACGAACGGGGACGCGACCUCGAAGACCUGCUGAUCGAAGUCGGCCUGUAUGUCGCGAACCAUCCGGAUUCUCCGGCAACCUUCGUCUCCCACUCGGGGUCCAGCCAUAUCGACGUCACACUCACGACCCAUCCACGAGAAAUCGAGGAUUGGGCCGUGUGUGUGGGGGAGGAUGACUACGACCACCGGGCGAUCACCCUAUCUUGGGGCGUUCACGGGAGUCGCGGGGCUGUUCGCGGCUGCAGGAGCCGAUAUGUUGAGAGUAAGGCCGACUGGCCCGCCUUCCGGGCUUGCCUGGAGGCGAACCGCCGGCCCCUUGAUGACGCAACCGACAGAGCCGAAGUCGAGUACGGUGUAUCGGCGGUUUCAAACGCUCUCGUUAGGGCAUGUGACGUUUCGAUGCCGGUCUCCCAUGGUGCGGGCCCAAAACCCGUUCCUUGGUGGACGGUCGAGAUCGACGCUGCCCGCGGGGGUGUCCGCCGUGCCAGAAAACGCUUUCAGCGAACGAGGGACGCGACCGACCGCGAGGCACUAAGAAAGCAGUACGUUUCACUCAAACGCGCCCUGGUCCGACUUAUCCGUAAAACGAAGGUCGAGUCCUGGCGGCAGUUUGUGACGAGAGUCGGUAACGAUGACCCCUGGGGUCCGGUCCACCGGCAUUACGUUAGGAGUGACGGUAGGUGCCGGCAUAGCCGUAACGGAGCGUUGUCGGCACUCCGCCUCCGAGAUAAUGGCUGCACAUUAUCAGUACCUCUGACCCUCCAAUUUAUGGUCGAUUCGCUUAUGCCGUCCGACACAACAGUGGAUGACGACGACCACCACCGAGAGUUACGCGCCCUAGCAGCCCUCCCCUGUGGGCGUGCGGCGCGAUCGGAAGUUAACGCGUUUACGAUACCAGACGUAACCGCCGCCGUGCUGUCGAUGGGUAAGCGCAAGGCGCCCGGACUGGACCGGAUUACGGCCGGCAUCCUCUCACAGGCCCUGCCGGUCCUCGCCCCGGAGAUCACGGUGUUGUACAACUCAUGCCUACGGGCGGGUGUAUUUCCGUCGACCUGGAAAGUCGCUGACGUGAUAGCUGUUCCGAAAGGCAAUGACAAGGAUAAGUCAGAUCCGAAGUCGUAUCGCCCGAUUAGCCUGCUACCUGUCCUGGGUAAGGCGCUGGAAAAACUCGUGAGCGGGCGGCUCCGAGAUCACCUUGAAAGGCAUUCCCCCCUGUCGGUCAAACAAUUCGGCUUUAAGCCGGGUCGUUCGGCGGAAGACGCGAUAAACGCACUGCUCGCCACGGUGCGCGAUUCGACCGCCAAGUACGUCGUCGUUGUGUUCCUCGAUAUUCGGGGGGCCUUCGACAACGCUUGGUGGCCGUCCGUCCUGGCAGCAUUGCGUCGUCGCGACACCCCGCCCGACUUGUACAAUCUUGUGAAGGACUUCUUGUCGGAUCGCCGAGCGGUGAUGCGGCAUAAGUCGGUCGAAGUCGAGAAGGAAAUCUCGAAGGGUUGUCCCCAGGGAUCGGUGCUUGCGCCGCUCCUUUGGAACCUCAUCUUUGACGAUCUCCUUAGUGCUACCAUGCCUGAAGGGGUUACCGUCUUCGGGUACGCAGAUGACGGGGCGGUCGUGGUGGAAGCUGGCUCCCGACCUGAGAUCGAGCACAGGGCCGAUCUGGCACUCGCUUCGGCCCUCGAGUGGGGGAACCGUAACAAGCUCUGUUUUUCCGUGGAAAAGACCGAGGCGCUUAUUGUCAAAGGCCCUCACGCACGUUCUCCGCUGAUUCGGAUGAACGGUGCCCGAGUUAAGAUCGUACCGCAGGCGAAAUACCUCGGGAUCAUUCUCGAUCGGAAGCUCAACUUUGCGGCGCACGUUAACCACGUCGCAUCGAAAGCAAAAUGUCUGGCUCUUCGGCUACGGGGGAUAGCCGCCACACGAUGGGGCCUACGGGCACCCGCACUGAGACUCCUAUACGCGGGAGCGGUGGUGCCGACAGUCACUUACGCAGCAAGUGUCUGGGCCCACCGGCUGGUGCAUAACGUCAGCCUCGCUGCGAUAAUAAACCGGGCGCAGCGGCCGACCCUUCUCUCAGUAAUCGGCGGGUACCGUACGGUGCCCACAUCUGCACUACAAGUCUUGGCGAGGUCACUACCGCUAGACUUAGAAGUCCGCAAAAGGUCCGAUCUAUAUGAUCGCCGUAAAGCGCUGGCUGAACACCAGCCGAUUCGAACGCUCGCCGACAUAGAAUCCGCAUUAGUCGGCGAGUGGCAAGAGCGAUGGGACACCGCCGUCACCGGCCGUGUCACAUACGCAUUUCUUCCCAAUAUCCGGUGGGUGCUCGCGCAGAGGUGGUUUUCACCGACUCAUUUCUCCGCGCAGUUCCUCACUGGACACGGUGCUUUUCAAGCAUACUUGCAUCGAUUCGGCAUAAGUGGCAUCGCGAUGUGUGACUGCAACGGGUCCCCCACGGAGGACUCGUGGCACGUACUUCUGCACUGCCCGCUGCACGCCGAGCUACGAUCGCAACUGACUGAGGCCCUGUGCGCCUUGGGGGUCCGAGGGCCGUGGAGUCCUACCGACUUGGUAGCGUCGUCCCGGUCACUCGCGGCUCUCGAGCGAUUCGCGCGGGCUAUACUCCCCCAGAGGGAGAGGCACUAA